CACAAAGACGAAAGCGAAUGUAGACUUGAGUCAAAUUUCAAUAUUUUUUUUUUUUUAACCCGAAUAUAGCAUAACUAUGGGCAAAAUUUCAAAGUGCCUCUUAACAUUGGGAGGGGCUUCAAAAUUUCGUUUAUCUAUUUUCCAAGGAAAUUGUGCCAAUUUCUAUUCCAGUAAAACAAAUUUGCCGACCUCAGUUUACAACCAUUCAUUCCUGAAUGGUACAAAUGCCUGUUAUAUGGAACAAUUGUAUGAGGAGUGGUUAGAGAAUUCCCAGACGGUCCAUCCUAGCAUUGAAGCUUAUUUUCGGAACCUGGAUAACAGUGGCUCUUCUAAUGUAUCAACAGUGGAUCACCAAGGAGUUGAAUAUAAUUUAGACGCACGAACGGUGGAAGCCUAUUUUGCUUUGCAAAUGAUCAUCAAGGGAUACCAGGCUCGUGGGUAUUUAUAUGCAAAAACCGAUCCUCUAGAAACGGCGGUUGAUGGCAAUUCCACUUCAAUUGCAAAACUAAAGGGCAACAUCGAGAAUAUUUGCCAUCACGUCAAAUUAGAAAAUAUUUCUCAUGAUACGGUACUGAAAUUACCACCGUGGACUUAUAUCGGUGGCAGUGAUUCACAUUUACCACUAAAAGAAGUGAUUGAUCGACUAGAGAAGAUCUACUGUGGGCAUAUCGGAAUUCAGUACAUGCACAUACAGGAUGUACAGCAACGCAUGUGGAUUAGGAACAAAUUCGAGAUGCCAAAUAGUUUUACAGCUACAAAGGAAGAAAAGAUUGCCCUUAUCAAUAGUUUGGGUGAAGCAUCUUGGUUUGAAAACUUUCUGAGGAAAAGAUUUCCCUCUAUCAAGCGAUUUGGCAUCGAAGGAUGUGAAGUGAUCAUUCCCUGUUUAAAUAUUGUUAUCGAUAAGUCGUCCGAAAUAGGCGCAGACACAUUCAUUAUAGGUGCAACACACCGGGGGCGUGUCAAUAUUCUGGCCAAUGUUUGCCAGGCACCAUUGGACUUGGUGAUUUCCCAAUUCAUGGAUCACCCGGUCAACGGUUGGGAAACCGGUGACGUAAAAUACCACCUGGGUACCUACAGAGAAAGGAUGACCACUAAUAAGAAAAUCAGAGUGAGUCUUUUGGGAAAUCCUUCUCAUCUCGAAGUCGUUUUUCCAUUAACACAGGGGCGUGCUAAGGCGGAGCAGGUUUUCAGACCGGACGCUGAAAGUCAAAAGGUGUUGCCAAUAGUAAUCCAUGGAGAUGCAGCUAUCUGCGGGCAAGGUGUUUCUUGGGAAACAACCAAUUUGGCUAAUCUACCUUGCUAUAAUACCGGUGGUACUGUGCACGUUAUUAUUAAUAACAGACUUGGAUUUACCACGGAACCAUGGCAGUAUAAAUCUUCCAUGGAAUCAACUGAUCUAUGCUCAGUUAUCGGGGCCCCAAUUUUUCAUGUAAAUGCUGACGACCCAGAAAGCGUACUUCAUGUUAGCAAAAUUGCGGUGGAAUGGAGAGCAACAUUCCAAAAAGAUGUGAUAUUAGACGUCGUAGGUUAUAGACGGUUCGGUCACAGUGAAGAAGACGAACCCUCUUUCACUCAACCGUUACAAUAUUCCGUAAUCAAGAAAAAAAAAACAAAUUUUGAGCUGUACGCCCAAAAGCUUCUGGAAGAAGGAACAAUUACGAAAGAGAGUUUGACUGAUAUGGAACAAAAAUUUGAACACAGAUGCGCGGAGGCUUUUGAAAAGGCGAAACAAAAGAAGUUUCACACUGUUGAGGAAUGGACAGAAAAUCCCAAAUUCGUAACUGAGAGCGGCGUCAAAGAAGGUCAAACGGGGAUAAGUCAAGAAGUGCUCGAGCACAUUGCCACCAGAUUUUCAUCUCCACCCCCUGAUUCUCACAAUUUUCAAAUGCACCGAGGUUUGAAAAGAAUCUUAUCUGCUCGCAUGGACCUUGUAAAGCAGAAAAAGUGUGACUGGGCGAUGGGAGAGGCUUUGGCGAUUGGUUCGCUGUUAAGAGAUGGCGUCCACGUGAGGCUAACCGGUCAAGAUGUCGAACGUGGAACGUUUUCACACAGGCAUCACGUUUUGUUUCAUGAAAUUCUCAGGAACGUGACAUACCAAUACCUGACCGAUCUAUAUCCCGAUCAAGCCCGCUACACCAUUUGCAAUACGCCUCUGUCCGAAUGCGGCGUGCUAGGUUUCGAACUAGGCUAUUCUUCGACGAGCGCGAACUGCUUAGUUAUUUGGGAAGCCCAAUUCGGCGAUUUCGCCAACACCGCCCAAGUGAUUUUCGAUACAAUGAUAACGUCAGGCGAAAGCAAGUGGGGAAGAAAAACCGGGUUAGUUUGUUUCUUGCCCCACGGUAUGGAAGGUCCGAGUCCAGAACAUUCUAGCGCCCGCCCCGAGCGCUUUUUGCAAAUGGGUAGCGACGACCCAGACUACCUGCCUCCCAAUUCCAAUAACUUUGCGGUCGAACAACUAAGGAAAACCAACUGGAUAGUUGCCAACUGUACCACCACUGCCAAUUUCUUUCAUAUAUUGAGAAGACAAAUCGCUCUGCCUUUCCGAAAACCUCUGAUACUGUUGACCCCGAAAAGUUUGCUGCGUUUACCAGCUACGAGAAGUGAUUUUAAGGAUAUGAUAGAAGGUACGGAAUUUCAACGAAUAAUAUCAAACGAUGGGCCAGCGUCGAAAAAUCCCAACAAAGUGGCAAACAUUUUGUUUUGCAGCGGGAAAAUAUUCUACGAAGUAAAGGAUAUUUUAAGCAAGCGAAAAUGUGAAGAUAAACUGCCUCUAAUUAGAAUCGAACAGGUAUGUCCAUUCCCAUAUGAUCUUGUCAAAAAAGAAUGCGAAAAGUAUCAAAAGGCGAAAAUCGUGUGGGUACAAGAGGAACACAAAAACGGAGGUUGCUGGAGUUACGUUCAGCCAAGAUUUGAAACAGUUACGAAGGGCGAGAGGGACAUAAUUUAUAUUGGCCGUCAGCCUUCCGCAAGUACCGCUACGGGCUACAACGCCAAGUAUUUAGAAGAAUUGAGAAAACUUUUGGAUGAUGUCACCAAUUUUUGUUCAUAAAUUAAUCGCAUUGUCUUUUACUUACUGUAUUAAAUUUAAAU